CGCCGGACCCAGCACCUCGGCUCUCCGGGGCCGGACCGAGGCCACCAGCAGCACCGCGGGGUGUGGGGCGGAUCCAGGAGAUGAAAUGACAACGUCAAUCCUCCAGAAAGCCAUUGAUCUGGUGACGAAAGCUACAGAAGAGGAUAAAGCCAAGAACUACGAGGAGGCGCUGCGGCUCUACCAGCAUGCUGUGGAGUAUUUCCUGCACGCCAUCAAGUAUGAGGCGCACAGCGACAAGGCCAAGGAGAGCAUCCGCGCCAAGUGCAUGCAGUACUUAGACCGCGCCGAGAAGCUGAAGGACUACCUGCGCAACAAGGAGAAGCACGGCAAGAAGCCUGUCAAGGAGAGCCAGAGCGAGGGCAAGGGCAGCGACAGCGACAGCGAAGGGGAUAAUCCAGAGAAAAAGAAAUUGCAGGAGCAACUGAUGGGUGCGGUGGUGAUGGAGAAGCCCAACAUUCGGUGGAACGAUGUGGCUGGACUGGAGGGGGCCAAGGAGGCCCUCAAAGAAGCUGUCAUUUUGCCAAUUAAAUUCCCACACUUGUUCACAGGCAAGCGCACCCCUUGGCGAGGGAUACUGCUCUUCGGCCCCCCUGGCACAGGCAAGUCCUACCUGGCCAAAGCUGUGGCAACCGAAGCCAACAACUCCACCUUCUUCUCGGUGUCCUCCUCAGACCUGAUGUCUAAGUGGUUGGGAGAGAGUGAGAAGCUGGUGAAGAACCUGUUUGAGCUGGCCAGGCAGCACAAGCCCUCCAUCAUCUUCAUCGACGAGGUGGACUCACUCUGUGGAUCCCGGAAUGAAAAUGAGAGCGAGGCUGCCCGAAGAAUCAAAACCGAGUUCUUGGUGCAGAUGCAGGGGGUGGGGAACAACAACGACGGGACGCUGGUUCUUGGUGCCACAAACAUCCCCUGGGUGUUGGACUCGGCCAUUCGGAGGAGGUUUGAAAAGCGGAUUUACAUCCCGCUGCCCGAGGAAGCUGCCCGUGCCCAGAUGUUCCGGCUGCAUCUGGGGAGCACCCCACACAGCCUCACAGAAGCCAACAUCCACGAGCUGGCCCGGAAGACAGAAGGCUACUCAGGCGCGGACAUCAGCAUCAUCGUGCGGGACUCCCUCAUGCAGCCCGUUAGGAAAGUGCAGUCGGCAACACACUUCAAAAAGGUCUGCGGCCCUUCCCGGACAAACCCUAGCAUUAUGAUUGAUGACCUCCUGACCCCCUGCUCCCCAGGGGACCCGGGGGCUAUGGAGAUGACUUGGAUGGAUGUCCCCAGUGACAAACUCCUAGAACCUGUGGUUUGCAUGUCGGACAUGCUCCGGUCUUUGGCCACCACCCGGCCCACUGUGAAUGCCGAUGACCUCUUGAAAGUGAAGAAGUUCUCAGAGGACUUUGGACAAGAGAGUUAAAAGCUCCUUCACUUUGGGUGUCAGUGAAGGUGGGAGGUUAACGGGGCAAAUCCACAGCAUUCCCCGUCGGUGGCCAGGCGGCCCCAGGGCUCGUCCUGAAGUCAUCAGUGUCCUCUCCCGUCUGGCCGCCAGCAGGGAGCAACAAGGGCCCCAGCCCCAGAGAAGCUCCAGUGCACUUUGGGCCGGCGGGGUUCCUAGCUCCUCCACCUCUGGAUGCUCACAACUCCUGUUUUUUUUUAACUUUUUGUUCCCCUAAGUUAAUGCUGCUUGGAAAUGUCUUGUUUAUAAAUAAAAAUCAUCUGGAAACGUUAAGGAGUGGAGCGGCCCUACUGGGGUGUGGGUGUGGGUACGGCACAGCAGACCUGCUGAACUGGCUUGCCAGUUCAGACCCACGUUGAACUGGAAAAUGGACUGACUGGCCCCUGGUCCUCAAGCCACCUCUGCCUACAAAGAGCCCCCUCGAAGCCCAACUCCCCCAUCCAGGGCCCUUCCAUGGCUCCUGCCUUCCACAACAGGCGGCAGCAGCGGUCUCAGCAGCAAAUGCUCAAGUGGAGAAUGCCAAGAAGACGGGGCUGGCACUGUUGCCCUGUCUUCCCUCUGACUGUGACCACACUGAGCCAGCAGCCCUGCCCUGGUCCCGUCCUGGAAAUGGUCUAAUAAAUCCUUUCCGUCCUGGAAAUGGUCUAAUAAAUCCUUUCCCUCUGGA